AUGGACUGUGACUUCUUUCAUCGAACUGUUUCUGUUCUUUAUGGUUCUUUGGAAGGCCGUCCAACUGAGAAGGACCAAGAUCCCGAUGCACUUCUCAAGAGCCAACCUGUCAAACACACGGGGCAUCAUCGCGUUAAUGGCAAGAGACUCCAUAGUGUACUUCAUCACUUACCACCUAGAAUAUUCUCUGUCUGUCUUCUCGGUGCUAUUCUUGUAUUUAUCGCUGAGCGUGCUGUGGGUGCCCAUGCACUAAGCUUCGCUUUCCACUUCUUCGGUCCGAACGCGUACCAUACAAUCGUGAUAACAGUCAUGACAACACUAGCUCCGAAAAUGCUCAUAAACCUUCGUGCAGAGUAUUAUGGCCCAGUAGGGAUAAUUGCAACUGAGCUUUCCUGGGAUGCCCAAACUUUCCAGCCUGCAAGCUGCCAAUAA